AUGGCUGAUCGCAAGAUAUCUAGAUGUCGACUAGAAAAAUCGAAGGAAGCUUCUGGUAAUGUGGUUUCAAGAUUUUUUCGGCGCCUAAGUCCUACAAAGAGCUACCGUGGUAACGAAACUCCAGGAUCCAGUUCUAGUUCCACCAUUCAGGCUUCAAGAUCUAGAAAAAAAGAUUCUUCAGCUGUGAAAAAUUCGUCUGGUAAGGAAGAUCAGCAUUCUAAGAAGCUAACUAAAUCGAUUUUGAACCAGCCAGAAUUUAUUUCUUCAAGCAAUAGUAGUCUCUCCCAGCCAACACUACCUUGGAUUUCUCCUGCACUAUCGUACCAUUCGCUAAACCAAGAUAAACAGGCCACAGAACUUAAGCUUCUAUCGCAGUUGCAUUCAAACUUUGAGGAAACUACCAACAUUCUUGGAAAUGACAUAUCUCGGCUGGAUCACAAAUAG